CGCCGGCGUGUGUUUACAUCGGGCAGGCGGAGCCGCAGCCCCAGCGCCGGCCCGGCCGGGGACCCAGCCGCCGCCGCCGGCCCUCCGGGAGCCCCGGCAUGAAGGGACCAAGCAUAGAAACGCAGAUGGUGGAAGAUGAAACUGAGACAACCAGUGAAGAAUUGCCCCCUCAUCUGCAGGAAGAGCCUCCUGAAGAUGCCACCAAAGACCAUCCACAGCAGCAGGCUGGCGUGAUCUGGAGAGUGACGGGUGGCUUGUUCAGUAUCACCCGGGGAGCUGUGGGGGCCACGCUGGGAGGAGUUGCCUGGGUGGGCAGCAAGAGCCUGGAGCUCACCAAAACAGCUGUGACCAGUGUCCCUGCUGCUGGCGUUGGACUGGUGAAGGGCAGUGUCUCAGCAGUGACCGGUGGUGUUGGAGCUGUAGGCAGUGCAGUUGCCAGCAAAGUCCCUUUCACCGCAAAGAAGAAGGACAAAGCUGACUAAUCCCCAUCGCAGCUCCCUUCCGAAAGAUCAACCUGUCCAUACUCUCCCCCUCCGCAGCACCUCUUUGAAUUGGAAGCAGCCACUUCAGGGAGGGUAAAGCACCCAAGCAGACUCCAGCUGCAGUCUGCUCAACACCGCCUGCCUGGCUCAAAGCUCACAGAGCCGCUGUUAAUGCCUUUCACUCCCAUCACCUUCUGAGAACCAUCUCUACUCCAAGGAUUUUAAAGGCGCAGUUGUCUCUGUCUUGCAGUUUCCUUCCUCCCUUUUUGCUCUUCAGAGCACAGAAGGGUGGGAGAUGGUGCAAGGCUCCAUCUGCUUGGAGGUGGUGAGGGAUAAGGGAGGAGGGGGAAGAAUUAUGCCUGGCUUGAAGCGUGAUCUGUAUAGUUGAAUUCAACUUCAGCUGGGGAGACAGCUCCUGAAGCACGCCCACCCUUGGCCCUGAGUGGUGUGUUUGGGGGUUUGCCUGGGGGAGAACUGUAGAAGAAAGUCCCGUUUAUAUAUAGGAGAGAUACUGUGAAGAGGGGGAAGCCUCCCUCCUGCCUUACACCUCUUACCUUUUCUUUGCUGGUCCCAUCCUACAAGCUGCUCCCAGUCACUUACUCCCUGGCUGAAUUUCACCCUUCAGAGAAGGAACACUCAAGUGCAGCAGAGCAUCUCCUGGGAUGAUGCUACACAAGUGUAUCGUAUGUCCCAAACCAUUGAUCCCUCAGGCGUAUUUCCUUGGUAAGGUGCAGGAGAAUGAAAUCUGCUGUAUGUUCCCAUUUGGGGGAAUUGCUGACAGUGGUAUCUGGCAGACCACUGUUACACUACAGCAGGAGGUAGUGGUGCUCCUCCAGUGAGAGGGCAGAGGGGCCCUCGCCACACAGAGACUAACUGCACCCUUGGGCUUUACCCCUUGAAGUCCUUGCAGUGUCCUCAUCUGCAACAGGGGCGAUUUAACUCCAGGCCACACUCUCACUCUGUAGAUGUCUCUGGUAACCAUGAGCAAGUGUGUUACCAAAUGGCACCUAAAUUCUGUUCCAGGGUGGCAGGGACGGGAUGUGAGAGAAUAUUGCCCACCCUGUGACUUAGCACCUCUGGAGCAGUGGCCUGCUGGUGAGUGGCCUGAGCUGCCUUGGAGAAUGUUUCCCUGAGGGGGCAAGUGUGCUCCAGUGGCAGCGAGCCUGGACCUGGCACCAGUCACUCCUUUUCCACUGCUCUAGGGGCUCCAGCCCAGCUCUUCUGAAUGACCGUGUUGCACUAAAUAGCCCACCCAAACUCUUAGUGCCGCAGAAACCCAAACACCUGCAUUCAUCUGGGAGUCGUAUCCAUCCUUGGACUGUCCCGUGAUGCUCUAAGUGUCACGUGGCAUCACACACAUACACACACACACUCUCUCUCUCCAGGGUCUCCUGAAGUUCUUGGAAUGAGGAAAGCCACAGGUUCCAACAUUAACUCUGCCUUUCCUGGCUUUGGCAGGUUAGUAGCCUAGGUUGUUAGAUGUUGGAUGCGUAGGCAAGUGAAGCAGUGUUUGUGCUGUAUUUUACAAAUAUGCAUAUGUAUUAGCCUGUGUGUGUGUGUGUAUCAGUGCACAGGCGUGUUUUCAGCCAGGUAGACAAAACUAUGCGACUGCUGCAGAGGAGUUUAUAUAAUCAUCUUUGGCGCUUCCAGCAUACAGUUUUUAUGCAGGGACCUGGUAAAAGUAACAAUCAUGUUUUAGAGGGCAUUUUUCCCCUAUGUAGCCCAGCAGUGUAGUUUAUUAAAACCAAAGGAAUGUGAAAAAUGUCCUUUCUCCCAUCCUUGCUCUUUGUUUACUUUCUGCCCUAUUUUUUGGACACUGAAGCCAACUUCCUUGGUUUUCAUUUCCUGUUGGAGGUCAUUUCACUUUCUGGCUGUUUUGUUAUGCUUAGGACUUAAACAUCAGGGAAUAUUUAAGUACAAAAAACCCAACCAUUUUAUGUUCUUGAACUUGUGAAGUGGUUUUGAUUCUGACCUCUAUUAAAUCCACAUUUUGGACCUGACUUAAAUUGCCUGUGUCCCUGUGCUAGGCCCACUGGUGUUAGUCUCUCUCCAUAACCAUGCUGGGCAGUGGUCCUGCCGUUUGCAGUAGCAAGAAGUUUCUGAUCUCCACAUUGUGUUACUCUUGAUAGCAUGACAGUGGCUUAACCUACAUCUUUGUUUCUGAAGAGGAAACAGCAUUUGGCAUGUGUGUGCAUUUCCCCUCUUCAUCUCUUUUGUUCUCUUGAAGGCCAAGUUGACCCAGAUGUGCUGUAUUUUUCUCUGAAGGCAGCAGCUUCACAGGAGGAUCAGGCCUUGAUGUGUGUCUGCACUUUGCUGGGAUGUUCGUGGCAGUUAGCAAGGCCUGAAGAAGUCUCAUCUGUUCUUCUUUUGUCCUGACCCCCCUGCAGAGCAGGAGGGCAGUUUGCACUGCACAGAUCUCUGUUCACCACUCUCCCUGAGCGCAUCUCAUUUCUUAUUCCAGAUCAUAGCUUGCUUCUCAAUCCAUCUCUAACCCCAAAGCUAAAAGCUGCCUGUGCAUAACUAAGCAGUCAGAAAGCCUCUCAAGGAAGAUGCAGUUUCCUACCAGUUGAGACAGAAGCAGUCUUCUUCAUAACUGCCUGCGUAGACAGGAGGUAUGUAUGGGGCUUUCCUUUUCUAGCCAUCCCUAGGCACACGAUGGGAAGCUCAUCAUGCUUGUGGCUGACCAGUAUCACACACAGGCUCUUGCUGCCAUUUUGGCAGGGGGAGGAAAAGCUCUGGGCAAUAAAUCCUUCCCAGGCUGUUGUGCGCAGGCACUGUGUGUGCAGAGCAGGCGUGGCAAAUGUGGUUAAGGCACAUUAAGGAAUGUCAUAUGGGUCUUAAGGUUCUGCGAUAGUUUUCUUUCUACUCUUCCCUUCUCUCACAGUGUGUCCUUGUAAUAAAUGGACUAAAGCUCUUUGUUCUGGAACUGCCAUGGCCUUGAGGGAUGGCCCAGAGAAGAAAGGUGAGGGAAGCUCACAUUCUACAUCACUGUUCUUAGAGCCCAGCUAAUGGAGAGCUCAUGGAUCAUAAAUGUUUUCGAGGAGGGCAGACUAGCAGGUAGGGAUAGAGGAUUAAAUCUACUUGAGAACCAUGGCCUCAGACUUAUUAGGUAUUUAAUAUAUAAACAUGCAGGACUCAAAGACUGCUGGGAGGUACAUCUGUUUAAGAGUAUUGGUAAUCCAGGCGACCCCAGGCUGCUUUUCUGUGCGCUCUCCAUGCCAGAGUAGAAGAAACACAGUAUUCCCAGUCUAAGAACAAAGACACUUCUUCACAGCUCUGGUUGCAGUAUGAUAGGAUCUAGAUCAGAUGGGGAAGCCGCUGGUACCUGACAGAUGCCCCAUCUUUCCUUCUCCCCCACUGCAGAUACUUCAGCCAGGUCAGGAUCCAUCCUAACCACUGAUGCAGUCCUUCUCCUAUAGCCCCUUCUUGGUGAGAGGGCCAAAACCCAACAUUUGGCAAAAAUUGUACCAGAUACCAGAUAGGAGGGGGUAGGAGAAAGGUGCAAGGAGGAACUGAGGGUUUUGGGUGGUAUGGAGGAGUGAAGAGGGCCAGUGCAAGGAAGAUCAUCAGUUGUCUGGUGAUAGGAAGCAGGUGAGCUGAGACUGUUACAGGAGGAGGUGAGGGGACUGUGGCCGGGAGAAAGGGGAAAGAAAGAGUAGAGGAGCAAGAAAAGGAGGAGUGGGGAGGGGAAAUUAUUUCCUAGGACAGGCCCUGAGUUAGGGGAUGAAUGUGUUGGAAUUUGUCCUAGGGAAGAAUGGGGCGGGGGGGGGGGGAGUAGAAGAACAUAGGGUUUGGUGUAUGUUGUUCCGCUCCUGGCUUACAUCCUGCUUCCACAGUAGUGACAAAUACUAGAUGUUUCUGAGUAGCUAGAUCAGGUUGCCCAAUAGGUGGUCCAUGGGCCAGAUCAGCUCCUGCUUAUGCCUCACGCAGGUUUUUGCUGUGUGCUAGAUUCUCUUCCUGUUGAGGGACUGGAAUGUGGCCAUCAAGCAGCUCUGGGCCCUGCCCCAGCUGGGGAUCCCCAUGCCCCAAGGCAGCUGAGAGGAGAAGCUACAGGCACUUCCUUUCCUCCCUUUUUCGUUUGCUCAUCUCAUUAUUGUUUACUUGCUUUUCUUAGCUUUUUGUCCUGCUCCCAGAUCCAGGUCUCUGAAGCUCUUACUGAGACCUUCAUUAUGGCUGGGAGGCAAAGUGAAUGACUCUGCUCCCACAGCUCCCCUGGCUGUGCGAGAAGUGCGUGUCUUCCGCCCCUUUUUCCAGUUGUGUUUUAUCUGUGGAGAAACCUAACCCACUUCUUUUCCUCUGGAUUUCCUUGUUGGCUCUUGUUCUUCUGUGGGGGUCAUUUCUGUGUCUCCAUUGCAAAGUCAUUCUUGUUAAAAUGGAAUAACGUGGAGAUGGAUGAGGAGAGCCACAGAGCUGCUGGGACAGGAUAUCAGGGCCCGUCCCUGCUUCUGCGUGAGCCUAAGAGCCCUUUGGAAACCCUAAACUGUCACUGUGGCCACGGAGUCCCGUGCACGGUGCUGGGCUCCAGAGAACACUUUUGUUCUUUAUCAUUUCAUUGUCUGUAAUUGGUUUCUUACUGAAUCUGUUUGCUUGGUUUGUUUUGCAGUGUGUUUCUGGGAAUAUUCUGCAUCUCUGUAUUUUAAUUACAGUAAAAUUUGAGGAUAAAAACC